AAUAGUAGUUGUGUUUAAUGAAAAUCUAUAAAAGGAGAACAACUCCCCAGUUUUCAAAUAUGCAGAUUUCAACAAUAUUUCUUCUAUUUUAUAAAACUAAUUGAAAUCGAAAGGAAAAUGAUUUCCUUAUUUGCAGUUUUUCCAUUCUUAAUUUUCUUGGGAUUUAUUCUGCUCUCGUUUUUUCAGCUUUCAUUCAAAAAAUCCAAAAAAAAUCUUCCUCCAUCUCCUCCAAAGCUUCCAUUGAUCGGAAACUUUCACCAAUUGGGGCAACAACCACACCGCUCUCUCCAAAAAUUAACGAAUGAAUAUGGCCCAAUGAUGAUGCUUCAGUUCGGUAGCGUCCCUGUAUUAAUCGCUUCCUCAGCCGAAGCAGCUUCCCACAUCAUGAAAACUCAGGAUCUGGGUUUUGCUAACAAGCCCAAGUCAAUUAUUCCCAGCAAGCUUUUUUUCGGCCCAAAAGACGUGGCCUUCACUCCAUAUGGUGAUUACUGGAGGAACGCCAGAAGUGUUUGUAUGCUUCAGCUUUUGAACAACAAAAGAGUUCAAUCCUUUAGUAAAAUUAGGGAAGAAGAGACUUCUCUUCUUCUCCGAAAGAUUAACCACUCAAUUGACAAUUCACAAGUUGUUGAUUUGACAGAUCUGUUUGUGAGCAUGACGAACGACGUGCUUUGCAGAGUGGCGUUAGGAAGGAAGUAUUGUGAUGGGGAAGAAGGGAGAAAAUUCAAAUCAUUGCUGUUAGAGUUUGUUGAAUUAUUGGGUGUUUUUAACAUCGGCGAUUACAUGCCAUGGCUUGCGUGGGUGAAUCAUUUCAACGGUUUAAAUGCGAAAGUGGACAAAGUAGCUGAGGAGUUUAGUGCAUUUUUGGAAGGCGUAAUUGAGGAACACAAGGAGAAGAUCAAAACGGAUGAGAAAGAGGAAGGAUCAGCAGACUUUGUGGAUAUAUUGCUCCAAGUUCAGAAAGAAAACAAAUCCGGUUUUAACGUUGAGAUGGAUUCGAUUAAAGCUAUUAUCAUGGAUAUGUUUUCUGCAGGAACAGAUACAACCUCCACUCUUUUAGAAUGGACAAUGAAUGAACUCAUCAGAAAUCCAAAUACGUUACGAAAAUUAAGAGAUGAGGUGAGGCAAGUAACUCAAGGGAAAUCAGACGUAACAGAGGACGAUUUGGAACACAUGCCUUAUUUAAAUGCAGUAAUGAAAGAGAGUUUACGGCUUCAUUCUCCGGUGCCAUUGCUUCCUCGAGAAGCAAUUAAGGACACCAAAGUAUUGGGCUACGACGUUGCUGCUGGAACUCAAGUCUUUGUUUGUCCAUGGGCUAUCUCUAGGGAUCCAACCAUAUGGGAAAAUCCAGAGGAGUUUCAACCAGAAAGGUUUUUGGAUAGUUGUGUUGAUUACAAAGGAUUACAUUUCGAGUUAAUUCCAUUUGGUGCAGGCAGAAGAGGUUGUCCUGGAAUCACAUUCGCUAAGAUUGUGAAUGAAUUGGCAUUGGCAAGAAUGUUGUUUCAUUUUGAAUUUUCGCUACCAAAUGGAAUAAAAGCGGAAGAUUUGGAUGUGGAUGAAGCUCUUGGAAUCACAGUCAGACGAAAGUUCCCUCUCUUAGUCAUUGCAACUCCACGCAUUUGAUUUCUUAUGUUGUAUGUAGUAGUGCCUUUGGAAGUUGUCUUUCAUCUUGAUAUUUUAGCAUGAUACUAGCACAAGGUGGGCUGCGUCCAACAUACACCACGCAAAUAAUGUUUCUUCAAAAUUUUUAAAAUAUAUUUCCCAAGUAUCAGUAUUAAUGAACGACGUGAUACCUUAUUUUGAGGUUAUCUA